AUGAUGAACGUAAGAUCUCUCUUGGUCAUUCUCAUUGCCUUCCUGGUUCGCGAUACCCACGGUCAAAGCGGAAAUGGCAUCAUCGGCUUCGGCAUCACCCUCUAUGAGGACCUAUGUUGCCAGGCAUGCCACGACUCACUCUCCACUCUCUUUCUCAGUUGCACCACGUUUGGCAACAUGUCGAGUAUGAGCGGUAUGCCAGAGAUGAGCAUGCCGAUGGGCAUGAUGUCAAUGGGCAUGACAAGUCCGGAAUGCUACGCCUCCAACACGCCGUGGCUCCAGACGAUGGCGUACUGCAUCCAGCAAAAUUGUGAUUUCGACGGCUAUCCUACCAACAAACAGGCUGAAUGCUUUCGGAACCAGGCUGUGAACGGUGCUCCGACCCCAACCUUUCAGCAAAGUUUGCCAGCGAUGGCCCCCACGGUCGAGCUGACCGCCAAUGCGACGUGGCUCAACGAGACGAGCUUGGUAAAUAGGGACGUUUAUUAUGCCACUCAUGGCAGCGAGGGCGAGUUCGCAAGGUUAACUCUGUGUAUAUUCAUCAUCGGAGCCUGCGUCUCCUGCGGCAUUCUGUCUCAGAUAGCCGUCGGCUUCCCUGUGCUGCAGAAAAGGCUUGAAAGUUCGAAGUUCUGGCCUAAGCUACGUCAACAUGUUUUUCUACCUGCUCUCACCGGAUCGCGGCGCCUCGAGCCCUUGCCAGGACAGAUUGGAUACGUCCCGCGCAGAACCUUGAGUAUAUUCAUAUUCGUAUAUGUCAUUCUCAAUAUCAUCUUCUCGGCAGUAGGCUUUGGAAGCUUCCAGCCGAACAUCAACUUCAAGUCCAAGGGGUUCGAAUUAUGUGAGUACGUCGGCAACCGAACAGGCAUCCUCAGCCUCGUAAACGCGAGUAUUACUAUUCUAUUUGCGGGACGCAACAAUCUUUUGAUCGCCUGGACGGGAUGGAGCUUGACGACGUUCCUCACUUUGCAUCGUUGGACCGCGCGAAUCGCUGUCGUACAAGCCGUCGUCCACUCUAUCGUAUACACAUUGGCGUAUUGGCAGCCGGGAUAUGACGGAGCCUCCGCUUACGUCGCAAAAGCAGCUGAACCGUUCUAUUGGUGGGGUAUUAUUGCAACAAUAUGUUUCUGCUUGGUUGCAGGGUUUUCUGUUCUUCCGAUGCGUAUCAACUUCUAUGAGGCGUUUCUGGCCCUCCAUAUAGCCCUAGUCGGCUUCGCCUUGGUUGCGUGCUGGUAUCACAUAGUUCCUCACUUCGGUUAUGCCUUCGGUUACCAGACCUGGCUCUACAUCUGCUUCGCCUUCUGGGCUUUCGACCGCCUAGCAAGGAUAACUCGGGUCGCAUACUACAAUCGGCUUCUCGGUUCCAAAGCCGUCCUGGAGGCCAUACCGGACUCUAACGUCAUGCAUCUCACGGUUUAUCCCCAUGUGGCAUGGGAGUUUCGACCUGGCCAGCACAGCGUUCUUUACUUUCCAGGUCUAGGCAGGUUUUGGGAGAACCAUCCUUUCAGUGUAGCUGGCUGGAAGGGGGCGACGAAUCCUGUGUCUGUUGAUACCGCAGCCAUUCAAGAAGAUCUCGCCAAAGAUCCAAGAGUCAAGGUUGCCACCAGUGAGGUUGAACAGGGGACUCCGGCAUCUGUCAGCUUCUUGAUUCGUUCACAUUCUGGUACUACCGCACACCUUCAUCGUCGACUAGCUCUUUCGACGUCCUCCAGCAUAAACUUGUCAGUCUACACGGAAGGACCUUACGGAGGCCACAGAGCGAGACACUGGCCGCUGCUCACUGCCGAUACAGUACUGUGCAUCGCUGGAGGUAUUGGCGUCACUGGUGUGCUUGGGUACGUCCAAGAGUACGCCAGCACAGUGAUCAAUGGCGACGAGGAGAGCCGUGGUGCUGUGAAGAAGGCCAAGCGGUUCAUAUUAGCCUGGUCUGCCCAAGAAAUGUCACUCAUCGAACACGUCAGACAAAGGUUUCUGGACAAUGCCCUUGGAGUUGAAUGCUCGUUCUGGUGUACAGGAGCCAGCAUUCCAAUGGCGGCCUUUAAGGGAACGAGCAGGCGGGACACGGAGACGACCAUCACGACAGGGGUUAUAUUUGGCAGAAUGGAUACCGAGGCCGUCAUAAGACACUACUUGGAAGAAGGGUGCCGAACAACAGUACUGGUUUGCGGGCCGAGUGGGAUGGCGGAUGAAGCCACGAAGCACGUUGUCAACAGCGUGCGUGAUGGUUAUGCGGUAGACCUGAUCGAGGAACCGUUUGCUUGGUAG